AUGGGCGACAAGAAGCUCUACCCCGAUCUACGUACAUGUGCGGCGGCAGAGCAGACGGACUGGUCUCUCAGCAAGGGGGCCGAUCCGAGGGAUCCUCGCGUGACCAGCUGGCCGUGCCAGGGGACCCACACCGUGUCGAGCUGCACCAACAACCGCUUCGGGGUGUGGCUGACGUGCGAGACGUGCGCUUUCAGGCUGGACUACGCUCCGAAGAAAGGGCGCAGUGGCAAGUACCGCAAGGAGCCGAAGACGGCCCUGGUAACGGUGGCCCUUCGCCGACUACAGGAAUCGGGCGACGCGCCGACGGCCGCGAGGGUCGAGGGGCACAUGAAGGCCAUCGAGGCGGAGCGCAUCAUCGAGACGGGGCACUACAUCAAGAGCGAUCCGGACAAGGAGGGCUACUGGACAGCCCGCAAGACAAAGACCGAGGGCGUCAAGCUCGAGAUCAAGACCGAUCCAGGGAGACCGCCGACGGCAACCAGACCAACUACCAGAGUGCCGACUGCGGCGCGCACCGCGCGCGCGGUCGGAGCGGACCCAAGCUCUGCGGCAUCGGAUUCAACACCCCGCAGCAGCACGUGGGAUGUGGUCUCGAGUGCCGCAGCGGACCCGGACGAGACGCCCACGCUCGCGACCAAGCAGAAGGACCUCUUCAACAAGUGGGCAGUCCUGACCCGGGGAGUCAGGCGCCUGAAGGUGAAGCAGGAGGACUUCGUGGCGAUGCCGGUGCCGGGAGACAUGGGGGAUGUCCUCAUGAAGCUGACAGCCGGUCUGUUGAAUGAAGGUUUCCACUGUCAGCGCAUCAACCUGGAGCAGGGCUACGACCUCAACAAGAAGGACGACACUAGUCGUGCCAAGGAAUGGUUCAAUACGGCGUGUCCUCGCAAGGCGUGGUUUUCGACACCAUGUACCUACUUCUCGUUGAUGCAGAACCUUACCCCCGAACACAAACGACGACCUGGCAAUUGGGAGAAUUCUCUACGAUCGCGACUUCGGGCUCGCGCCAUGAAUGGACACUGUGUGGAUAUGGCCUUGGAGACUCUACGACACGAUGGUGAUCUAUACUGGGAGUGGCCGUACAACUGCAGCGGUUGGUCUACGCCAGAGCUCAACCGGCUCAGGCGCGAGGCGGAAAAGAUCCUCGGGCGAUCUCUCCGCAUGGUCAGAGUCGGCGCGUGUCAAGUCGGCAUGCGCGAUGACCAUGGCGUGCUCAGGAGCAAGUCUUGGGGCAUCCGCACCAGUGACGAGAAUUUUACGCAGUGGAUGGCGCUACGCUGUACGAAGGAUCAUCCUCACAGCACGCUCGAGGGUCACGACGCUGUGGCGGCGUCGGCCUACUAUCCAGACCCGAUGAUUCGGAGAUUGGUCAAGGGUUUCGCGAAGGAUCUGCGUGGUCAGGAUUUCGCGGAGGACUUCUGGACAAUGAGCGCGCUGCAGGAUGACGAGCAGCAGCUGCGUGGCGUCGAGUCGGGCAUAGAUAAGCAUGUCAAGAAGAUGCCGGAGGACGACGCAACGCUCGACAAGGUCAAAUCCUGGCUGAGGGACCUCCACAUUCUGGGUGGACAUAUGUCCAAUACCAACAUGAAGGCGAUGCUCCAGAGACGCGGGUGUCCAGUUUGGCAGCAGGCGCUCGUGGACGAGCUGAUCUGCGAUGCCUGCGCCGAGACACAGGACACGCAGCACCAGGCCGUGGUGUCACUCUCUAUGCCACCCAAGCUGUGGCAGACGGUGAAGCAGGACUGCUUCGAGCUGGAGGUGCACCACAGGAAGCUGUUCGCGGUGCUCUACAUGGACGCGGGUAAGAUGGCGUAUUUCGAGCCGUCUGGCGCCCAGGUGUUGUCGGCGUUCCUGGAGAACUGGUGGCAGCACAAGCCGCGGUGUCAGCUCUUGAUUUCGGACCCGGGCGGCGGUUUCGUGAGCAACCAGUUGCGCAAAUGGUGUGGCAAGAACGCCGUGGGCAUCAUCCAGAGCGCGGGCGAGUUCCACGGUCUUACGGCUGACUUGGAGAUCCUUAUGAGACAGAUCAAGAAGACCGCUCGCCGCAUCUCCUUAGACGAGCCGGCGCUAUCGUUAGCUGACUGUGCGUCCUUAGCCUGCGCCGCUCACAACAACCAGCACAAGGCGUCGGGCUACACACCAGUCCAGUGGGCGUACGGUACUAACCACCAGGGCUACCAGUUUGCAGAAGAGGCUGGUCGCCAGAAUGGGGGCGGCUUGGCACACACCGAACUUCAUCGUCUUGUGGCCGAGCGGGUCUACCUGGAGGAGCAGGCUCGUUCAGUGGCGACUCGGCUCCGGCACUCCAUGAGGCAGAAGCUUCUCUCGAUCAAGAUCGGCGACUGGACCAUGUACUUCCGUCGCGGCAAGAACACUGGAUCCCGAGGUUCGUGGUUUGGCCCUGCGAGAGUUUUGGCCAUCGAACCGAAGGUCAACCUCAAGCGUGAACGUGCCGACGAGUCCGCUUCGAUCGAGGACGAGAUUUCGGUGGUGUGGAUCGUGCAUGGCACGAGACUUAUUCGGUGUCAUCCGACACAGCUGAGGUCGAGCAGUCAGCGCGAGGUGGUCGUGGCUUCGCUCAAGGGUAACAUUGACGAGACCUACCAGAGCAACCAGGACCAGGUGAAGAUUUUCGCCAUGGAGACCGGCAUGAAUCUCAUGAUGGUGCUCAGGCUGGAGACGACGGUGCAAACUUCCAUCCAGUCCCUCGAGAGGAUCCUUCAGAUUUGUCUCGAAUACCUGUCCCAGAAGAUGAGGAGAUCACCAGUGGCCCUGCAGGUGCUCCGAUUGGCGACGAAGCCGCGGCAGUUCCCCGAGAGGGCCAAGCGCAUCAAGCUCGGCGAGAUGGAUUUCAUGACGUGCGACUUCGUGGACGAUGUCAGGUACCUGGAGGACACGAACAUCGGGCGUAAAGUUAUCGAGGUCGCGACCGAUUUUAAUCACAUCGGAGCUUCCCUUCAAAACUCUACGGUCUGGCUUUCCAAGAGGCCUGGCGACGGCAAGGCGACAGAGGUCACCUAUUCCAAGUUGGCGCCUGGGCAGCAGCUCGAGGUUGACGCGGCUAUGUGCAAGGAGAUCAGCCAAGUCAUUGUGACCAAGGUCCUGAAGCGGAUCGCCCAGGAAGAGCUCACUGACAUCGACGAGUCGCGAUUGCUCAAGAUGCGCUGGGUUCUCACCUACAAGUACCAGGAGGGUGGCGCACGCAAGCCGAAGGCUCGCUUAGUCACUUUGGGCUACCAGAACCCGAGCCUGACGGAUCUCGCUACGGCGGCGCCUACGCUGGGGAAGCUGGCUCGCAAUAUGCUGUUCCAGGUGUGCGCGCAGCACAAGUUCAAGCUUAAGUUCGGCGACGUCAGUUCAGCUUUCCUCCAGACCGAUGCGAGCGAGGAGUUCGAGAGUCUCAAUGUGAAGCUGAAGGGUAUCAUUGGCGUCCGCGUGGGUGACUUCAUCAUCGGUGGCGACGAGACGUCGAAGUUGUACGAGGACGCGGAGAAGGCCAUCAGGGACCUCUACCGAUGGGGAGCAUGGACUUCCGGCCCGGCUGAAUUCAGUGGACUACGCGCUCGCCAGUUCAAGGAUUUUUCGAUCACGUCGGACCUCUACGACUACACGAACAAAUUCAUUACGGAGGCCGAGAUCGACGCUGAUCGCAAGAAGCAGGCUCAUCUACCACUCGAGCCGAAAGAGAUUUCACUACUUCGUGGAGUACUGGGUACAACCAGUUGGAGAGCACAACAAUGGUCUCCACAAUAUGCUGUGUAUGUUGGGCUGGCUUUAUCGCAAGUCAGCAGCGCCAAGAUCAGUGGCCUGGUAAACGCCAACAAGCUUGUCAAGGAUAUGCGCAAAUCCGCUUCGCAGGUGAUCAAAUUCCACCAGUUCGAGAACUACGACUGGCAUGAGUUAUGGAUGGUGCAGUGGGCCGAUGCUAGUGACAAGCUCAGGCCCGACGGCAGCAAGACUGGCGGGCUGGUGACAGGCCUCUCGACUCCGGAUUUUGCAAAUGGCAGCAUGGCAAAUGUUCCGAUACUUGGAUGGAGAUAUUUCAAGCUACCUCGUAAAAUUUCGGGUUCAAGCAACAACGAGACGCAGUCGACCGCGCUCGGUGACGAGAUGCUGUGGUUAUCCAGAUUGAUGUGGGCAGAGUUACAGGGAGUUGAGCCGACUCGUUGGAAGUUGGGCGACGCGGUCAAGAGAGUACCUGCGCGCUCAUUACAGAUGCACGCGGCAUUUACGAUGCGUUUUUGA